AUGGGGUGGCUAUUUGGUACAUCCCCGGCAGAGCAAGUGAAGCAGCAUCUGCGGGUCAUAAACAGGACAAUACGAGAGCUUGACAGGGAAUGCAACCGGUUGCAACGAGAUGAGAAGAAGGCAAUCAUUGAUAUCAAGAAGGUCGCCAAGGCAGGACAAUUGAGUGCUGCAAAGAUCAUGGCGAAGGAUUUAGUCAGAACCAGGAAGCACAUAGAGAAGGUUUACAAGAUGAAGGUGCAGCUACAGGCGGUCAGCAUGAGGCUCCAAACAAUUAAUUCGCAACACCUCAUGGUAGAUGCGAUCAGGGGUGUCACGAAGAGUAUGGCAAGAAUGAAUUCGCGCGUCAACCUCCCGGCGAUGCAGAAUAUUAUGGUGGAUUUCAUGAAGCAGAAUGAGAUGCUGGAAGGAAAAGAAGAGCUGGUCACGGACGCAAUGGAUGACACAAUGGACUAUUCAGACGAAGAGUCUGAAACUGAAGAAAUUGUCAACCAAGUACUCGACGAAAUUGGUAUCAACUUGGAGGGCGCCCUAUCAACCAGAACGUCUGUCAAGACCGCCGGACAAGAAUCAACCAUCGAUGCCGAAGACAUGGAUUUGCAAAAUCGUUUUGAAAAUCUCAGAAAAUAG